AUGAGUAAAAAAGGGGUUAUUCAUGAUAUUCCAAGAAAUUUAAAAGAAUUAGGUUAUCAGAUAAAUGAGAAGGGACAAUUUCUUACAUUAAAAGGAGAAAUUUAUAACUUUGAAGUAAAAGAAAGAGCAUAUAAUGAAGCUUUAUAUGAUGUUAUAAUUGGUAAUUUACUGUUAUUUAGAAACUUUUUGAUGGAAUGGGUUGAAGAAAGAUUACAGAAUGAUUUUGGAUUACAAGAAAUCUUGUUGCCUAUUAAUGAUGGAUCAAUGAUUUCAUAUGUUAAGCAAGCAAAAGAAAUGGGAUUUCCAGCAAUAAUCAUUAAUCCUAAUGAAGUAUUUUGGUAUAAAGGAAAAGCAGUACACACUUUACCAAAGACAAAUGUGCCAUUUAAAAUAAUCAUGGGAAGUGAGACACCAGAAUCUCAUACCAACUAUGUUUUUGAAAAUUUUGUCAUAGUUUUUGAGCAUGUUGCUAAGAAGUUGGAACAGUUGGAAAAUGGAGCCACAGAAUAUAAUGAUGAAAAUGAAGGAGAUAUAGAGGAUGGAUAUUUGAUUAGUGAAGCUUUAAAACCAAUUGAUUUAGAAAUUAUCAAUGAAUCAGAUUUACAUGCUCAUAAUCAAGCUAUGAAAGAUGUUAGUAGUAAUGAAACACAUUUUGGAACUUAUAUAUGGAUAUACCAAUUACUUGGAGAAUUGAAAAGGGGAGUUCAUGCUUUAUCCAUUAAAGCUAAAACACCAAAAGAAAUAAAUAGAUAA